AUGUCUCUGAACCGCUCGACGGGCCCAACGCAAGACCUCUCCUUCGCGGACCAGCAGGAGCUACUGGCAUUCAUCGACAAGCGCAACUGGUUUGAAGGGAAGCUCGAGUCACUCAAGGCAUUGCCUCGCGUCUAUCCCUUUGUGCAUCCAUACCUCGUCGCCGACUCCAAGAGCACCUCUGGCUACGUGCGUGCAGGCGCCGACAAAUCCGAAUGGCGGCUACCCGAUCGUGCGCAACUCGCAGCAUGGCAGAACGAGAGAAACGCGCUCGAGGAUGAGGUCAACCGGUUCGACGACGGCGACAUGGAGCGCAUGAAGCAGAAGACACGAGUUCUGACGCGUAUGCCUCUCACUCAGCCAUCGACAGAUCUCGUCGAGGUUACCCUGGAGCUCAUCGUUAUCAUCGACCACCUCCACACUCUGCUGCGUGACAGAGAAGCGCUUCUCGAGCUCACCGCGUUGAGACUGCAGUGGGACGACUUGCGAUUUGAAGCGACCCGCGAGUCAGCCAGUGUCAAGUUCGACAUCGAUCAUGUGGUGGAAGUGGCCCAAGCGUGGAUGCCGGGCGCUCCGGCGCUCGACAGCCGUUCGAACCUCAAGGCCCCCGUCCCAUCGAAAGCAUCAUCAUCAUCGCAGGGAUCAUCAUUAACCGACGCCCUGCUCCAGACCCCUGCUGGAUCGAAUGCCGCUGUGGGCGUGAGCCCCAUGAGGCAGCUGACCCCAUCGCCUGUGCGCAGCGCCUCAAAGUCGGCUCUCCACAUCUCGAUCCUGCGGUCUCAGCUCGUGGGUCUUCAAACACGACAUCGCAACUAUGCUUUCAACCUCGUCAAGCGGGCAAGCACCGUUCUUGACAGAAUGAUCGAUGCGGCUGGUCGAAUGAAGGAGCUCGGAGGAAUCGAGGGGCCGAUGGAGGACGAGGCCAACCGGCGGAAAGGUGCAGUGCCAGAAGCGUUUAUCGAAAUCCAGGAAUCACUGGAGGAAGAUGCGAAGGACAUCGGAGAGCGUGUGACUUGGUGCUCUCUGUUUGAAGGGCAGUCGAAGAAGGCUCACGAGUACUACGUCGCCUGUAACCAUUCUCGCCAUCUCGCCGGCCAGUUCUUGACCAAGAUCGAGCUCGCCCUGGCGGAACCUGCCUCGAGUUUCACGCAUGCCGAACUGAACCAACUGUUUAAGGAAGCCUCAGACAUUCUUCCGGCAGAAAUCGACGACACAUUCCCUCGACCGACCCAUGCUUCCUUCCCUACCAAAGACCAGCAUAACAAGGACAUUGAGAGCGUGUUACGGGCAGUCCGAAAAGAAGCGCAGGAUGAGCUGGACAUCGCCAGGAAGGCCCUUACAUUUUACAGCUCGCUUUUGAAAGCGCGGGAAUCACUACAAGCGCAGCAAAAUAGAGUCAAGACUCUUCGUCACCAACUGCAUCAGACGCUUCUCAGGUUCGAGCAGGGGGUUGCCGAUGCGCCUCGGCCAUCUCUGGAGGACGUCGCCAGGAACGGUGAAACUCAUGCCGGCUGGCUGGCGGCAGUGCCAGACUGGAUCGACAGCGGGGACUUGCUGGUGCGAGCAGCGUCCGAUACCCAAGAGGCUACGACGUUGGCUCUGAUGCAGUACCGCAAGGCCUUGCAGCCUCCGAUGGCCGUCAAGAAGCUCGCACCUGACACUGGUGUUCCGGAUGAUCUUGGAACCAUCGUGAAUGAUGACGCGUCCGACCUCAUAGACGUCGCUCGACGGUGUGCCAACCUCGCGAGCAGCGUCAAGACCGACCACGAAGCGCUCCCUAUCAUUCUCGGCGUCCGAAGAGACAACUCUGACGUUUCAAGCGACGUGGAGGAGCUGAGGAAGAAGCUUAUCGGAGCUGUCAAUCGGGCAGCGUGGUCGUCCCGCACUUCUGUGUCUGCCAAAUAUGAGGAUCUGGAUGACGAACUUCAGACGAUAGUUCGACAAGCUGAAGGUGCUGGAGAAGAACUCUCAAGGCUCGAGGCAAUCAUCGGCAACCGUCUACCUGUCACCAUGCCGCUGAAAGAGGCAUCGACGGCGAACCUGGAGGGCAUCGAUGCUGCGCGACGCGAUCUGGGCAUUCUUUCAAGGGUCACGCGCCAGGCGAAAGCUGUGGCUUCCGUCAGCAGUGAGGCGGCUGAGCACCUCGUGACGCUCGAUUCAGCUCGGGAUGCGAUUUCAGCAUCAAACGACAGUAUCAACGACGCCCUCGACAACAUCGCAAACAUCAAGAUCAUCGUCACUGAAUGGAGUGAUGGGAUCGCCAGGCGCGUUCCACUCGUCUCUGGCAACUCAUCUGGCUUUGCCACUCCUCGCCGGCCCUCGUCGGGCCCGUUGACGCCUCCAUUAACACCUGUCGGAACAGAACGCGACUUUGAUGUGGACGAGACAACAAUGAUCGAUCUCGAAAUGCUCGAUGACAGUGUCCGAUCCGAGAUCAACCGACAAUCGUCACGCGUCACAGCUGCCUUGACUCAUCUGCUCGCAGCUUCUGAGGAGAUCGCGUUCAAGUGCUGGACGGGACCCGUGAAGGAUGCUACCGCAACCCUAUCAACCCACUCGGCUACUCUGCGGGGCGUAAUCGACUCGCUCCGAGGAGAGGUUGCCGGAGCUCGCAACGCCGACGAAGAUGCCGUUUUGGAUCUUGCCAAGGAGAUUCAAAGCUCUGCCCUCGGCAAGCUGACGGAUCCUACAAAGGACGUCCAGGAGGCGAUUGGCGAUCUCAAUGAGGCCUUGAGUGCAGACGCUCAUAGCAGUGUCAACAUUCAGCGGGCUGCCGAUGUCUUCUCCUCUGCCGACGAUGCCCGCGAAGAGGGUCUCAAUGCCAUUGCUGCCGCUGAGGAGCUGCGCACGGAGGUCGAUCAGUUUGUCCUUGAGAGCGAGUUGGCAGCUGAGACCCGCGCGAAUGCCGCCGCUGCACCCGCUCCGGAGGCUCCUUCGACCCCCAAGCUCAACACGAGCCAGACCCGUAACAUCAAGGCUUUGUCCGACAAGCUCGGUGCUCUAGAGCUGGAGGCUAUCGUCCAUCCCACGCCUGAGUCGCUGAAGAAGACUCCAAAGCAUCGCCGCCUUCCCAGCACCCAUGUUGCAAAGUCUCUGACGGCAACGUUUGCCUCGAUCUCGAACAAUGCUCGAGCGCUGGCGAAGAAGGAUCCGAAUCAGAGUCCGGACAUGGCCCGUCUGCUGGACGAGGUCAACCGCCAAGGAGCGCUAGUCCCCGACCUCGGGGGCCUAGCGUCCGUCGGAGACGCCGUCGCUGCCUGUGACAAGGCGUUUAGCAAACUUCUCGAUGGCCUGGAUUCGGGAAACGCCUCGACGUGCAAGAAGCUGAGAGACGAAGCCGCUUCCGCGGUCAAGGCGCUGCACGCUGUGUCUGAGCCUCACGCCAGUGACAUCCGAGUCAAGACGGAGAGGCAGCGCAUUGCCCGCGCAUGGGCCGAUCUGCGCGGAAUGGCCGAUGGCGAGGCAGCGCCACCGGGUGCGAUAUCGUCGUCUGUGGUGUCCUCUUCCGUCGUUGACUCUGACAGCACUGCGCGGACUCCGGAGCCAGGGUUGGCCCGAAGGCGUGUCUCCUCCGCAUCGCGCAGCACGUACUCCUUCGCCAGCACCGGUCCCGGUCCGUCGUCAAGGGCGCACUCCAUCCGCAGUAGAUUUGCGUCUGGUGGAGCUCCGUCGCCCCGUCCUCAAGAGUCACCGGCACCCCGCCGGGCACGCAAGAGCGCACCGCCAAUUCCCUCGCCUAGUCCUGCCCGGUCCAGGAUCACUACGACUGUGCCUCAGCCCUUCCGUCUGUCUCGCUCUAACAGCGGCUCCUCGUUAGCAGCUGUUGAACAGGGCCAGGACAAGGUCUAUGAGCGGCCACCACGCCGACCACGCAAGUCUCUGGCUCCUGGGCCCCGGCCAAAGCCCGCUCCUCGAAACAUCAACAAGCUAGACGCUGCCGUGCGGCAGGUCCUCGACACCCUCGAUGUCAACAUCUCUGUCGUCGCUGCGGGCGAUAAGGACUCGGACAAGUGGCACGACGAAUCGGGCCGAUACUGGAUCGGCACGGGACCGAAAGCGCGGCUAUGUUUCUGCCGUAUCCUUCGAUCGCGCACGGUCAUGGUCCGUGUCGGUGGUGGAUGGGUCGAGCUCGGGCGCUACCUCAUUGACCGAUGUGCGGAUCAGCUCGGCGACGUGCCCGAACUACCAGAAGUAGAGGAACCUCAAACUCCCAGCCGCGUCACGGACCUGAGCACGUCGCCCAUCGCGCUCACGUCCUCCUCCCUCUCCGCAGCAAGGCGAUACCGCACCUUCUCCUCGGCGCGCUCGACCGUCUCGUCCUCGAUCUCAGGCAUCUCCGGGCGCGACAUCCGCACCCCGAGUCGGCCCCGCGCCUCCUUACCCCUCUUCAGCUCCGAGCUGGGGCUGGGCGCGCCCAGUCCCGAGACGCCCAGGCGGGUUAGUGCCCCGCUGAGCCACACGACGCCGGAGAGUCUCGGCGCAGGCCUUCCCGGCGGGCCGGGCAGUCCCCUCGUCCCGAUCCGCAAGGCGAGUGAGUCGCCGAGUGUCCGGAACAAGGAGAGGGAGCAGUUAUCCAAUCUGCCAGGCUUGGGCGCUUAG